AUGGGAGCUGUCAAAUCACCAGCUGUAGAGCUCCGAAGCCUCCUCAGUUUUUUGGUGGUAUUAGUGGAGGGGUGGCAUGAUUUAGAUAACAAAGACUAUGACUGUUGGCCCCUGGAAAAGCCAGAUGAGUAUAAUAUGCUGGACUGCGGAGGACUGGAGAUGACAUGGGUGGAAAGGCCUCCAGAAAAGGCUGUGAGUGGGGAGUCCUUCAAUGUGACUUACGCUGUCUUUGCUUCAGACAGUUUUUAUCAAUACGCUGUGCAAAAUGGAAUCCUUUCCCACAGCAAUGCUACUGCUGCAAAGGAAUUCUGUGAGGAGCAUGACUGUCCUGCCAGAUGGAAAGAUGCAAAUGGGGACAACUGCUGUGUCUACCAUGCCAACAUUCAUUCCUGUCCUUUGGCCUUCAUGGCCAAAGGAGGAAUAUGUGGUCCAUGGAUCCCAGAUGAUGGUCAGAUAUUUACUCAUACGUUGUCUACUGCUGGCAAAAUGAGCCAAAGGAACUGGACUGCCAAGGUUGUUUUAGUUCACGUGGGUGUGACUUCUCUCAUCGCACAUAUCAGAGUUGGGAGAAUCCAAGCUGCUCUAGAAGCAAAAACCACAGUCCUUCCUGCAGCAGUCUGUGGAGAUGGCUUUUGUGAGGAAGAAGAAGGCUGCUCCAUCUGUCCAGCAGACUGUGGGGAAUGCCCUCUUUCUGUUGAUGUUAGGAUAGCAAUUGCCUUACCAAUAUGCUUAGUCUGCACUGGCUUCAUUUUGACAGUCAUAUGGUUUCAAUAUCAGAAACAAAAGAUGCUGUGGGAUGAAAGCUGGAUUAUAGACUUCACCUGCAUCAAACAAGAUUAUGGCUUGCAGUCAUACAGAAAAGAAGAUUUCCCUGAUGGAUCAAAUUCGUCCCAGCAGCAUUUGAUACAGAUUUACACAGCUCCUGAAAUACAUACUUUUUCAGAUUUUGAGCCCAAAUCUAUGUCCGAUGUCUACAGUUAUGCCAUCAUUUUACUAGAAAUUGCCACAAGAAGUGACCCUCUGAAAGAUGAUGUGCAUUCAGCUGAAUAUUCUUGGUGCCCACCUUUGGCAGAAUGCAUUUCAGGAAAGGCUGAGAAUUCUUGCCCAUGUCCCGCAGAUUAUGUAGAGUUAAUUGAAAGGUGCAGAAAAAAUAAUCCAUCCCAAAGGCCUACAUUUGAACAAGUCAAAAAAAUGUUGUACAAGAUGAAUCCCGUUAGCCCUGUUGACAUGAUGAUGACUCUGAUGGAGAAAUAUAACAAACAUCUGGAGAUAUUGGUUUCUGAGAGAACCCAAGAUUUAAUGCAUGAAAAACAGAAGACUGAUCGUCUGUUGUAUAGUAUGUUGCCAAAACAAGUAGCAGAUGAUCUCAGGCAGGGAAAACAGGCACAAGCUCAAAGUUACUCAAGUGCCACCAUCUUCUUCAGUGACAUUGUUGGCUUCACUGAGCUGUCCAGCAGCAGCACACCAUACCAAGUGGUAGAUCUCUUGAACAAGCUUUAUACCACUUUUGAUGAAAUCAUAGAUAACUAUGAUGUCUAUAAGGUGGAGACAAUAGGAGAUGCCUAUAUGGUGGUGUCGGGAGUACCCAAGGAGAAUGGGAUCCUUCAUGCUGGUGAGAUUGCAAGCAUGGCUUUAGACCUUCUGGAUGUCUGCAGGACUUUUAAGAUCCCACACAAGCCUAAUACCCUUCUAAAGAUAAGAGCAGGAAUACAUUCAGGGGCAGUUGUAGCUGGAGUUGUUGGAACCAAAAUGCCACGGUACUGUUUAUUUGGAGAUACUGUGAACACAGCUUCCAGGAUGGAAUCUACCAGUGAAGCUCUUAAAAUACAGUGCAGUUCAAGUGCAUACCAGCUGUUGGAGCAGAUUGGAGAGUAUGUGUUAGUAUGCCGUGGGAAUUUACAAGUCAAGGGGAAAGGAGACAUGGUCACAUAUUGGCUUGAAGGUAAGAAAGCUUCUGUCACCCCGAAGGCAGUCACCAGCACUUCUGUGACUCCUGAAGAUGCCAACAGAUUUUCAUAUAGUCCGAUACCAGGUGUCCUUUCUAGUGAUCCUCUCUGA